AUGCCGCAGUCGCACGUUCCAAACUCCAAGGAGCUGUUGAGAAACAUUCGUGACAUUAGACGGAAUCACGAUCGGUAUACCCGCGAUCUCGACGCAAUCAAACAGCGUCGUGCUGACGCUGAGCGCGCUCUUGAAGACCUUCGAUACCAAUUGGAGCGCGAAUAUGUUGUUGGCCGCUCUAACUUAAGCCGGCAACGCAAGCGUGAAAAUUUGGAGCAGGCGAUACGGUACAACGAGAUCUUUUUACGCGAUCACAGCACCAUCUCACAGGUCCAGCGACUAGAGUCGUCGAUUAGAAAAUGUGAACGAGACGCAUCUGUUAUCCGUCGGUUCACUGUGAAUCGACGGCUGUUGAAUAGACUGGUCCCCCAAGAGCUGGCUGAUGAAAUAGCUGCUUUCGACUAUCGCCGUCGUUACCCGAUCACAUACGACGACGAAUGA